AGCUUGCAAAAGCUCUCAUUUUCGACCUCAAAAGGAUGUGAACUUUGUUUGUUCCUAUACUUCAUUUCCCAAAAAUUCAAUUUCAAAGUUCUUUCAUUCCCAAAGGAACCCCAUAUCUUCACUUCUUUUUGGUCAUUUCUCUCUCCUCAUGACAAAAUUAGGUAAUUUUGACCUCAAAAGUAGUAGUAUCUUCUUCUUGUUCACUCUCUCACCAUAAUUUCUUUCACUGUUACUCAAAAAUGUUGGCAAAUUGUCUUGAUCAGCUCAACAAUGGGACACCUUUUAAGGAAUAUAAAGGUAAUAUGUUCAAAUUUGGCUCCUUUUCCUUUACAAGUUUAAAUGCUUCAAUGGUUCUGUUUUUAUGUGUAUAUAUCUUGUUGGGUUUCAGUAUUUGUGGGUUUUGUGAUGAACUGGCUAUGGUUUCAGUACCAUUAGGUUUUGAGGUAUCUGGGUUUGAUAAAACAACCACUUGGGUGUCCCAAAAUGGGGUUUUUGCAUGUGGGUUUUUAGAAGGUGGUUAUAUGAAAAGCAUUUAUGAUGAAAAUAGUGAUGGGGUUUUUGUUGGAAUUAGGUAUAAUUUAGGUAAUAAAGUAGCAAAUUUGCCUGUUUGGACAGUUGGUGGGGGUCUUAGGGCAUCUAAAAACUCUACAUUUAGGCUUUCUGAGGAUGGUAGGCUCAUUUUGGUUGAGAACAUCAAUGGUUUAAUCCUUUGGAGCAGUAAUACCUCCAAAUUGGGUGUUCAAAAAGCUAGUCUUUUGGAUAAUGGUAACCUAGUCUUGCUAGACAGUGAAGAGGAGGUAGUUUGGCAGAGUUUUAAUAGCCCAACAAGUAGUCUACUUCCUGGCCAAUCCUUUCAUUUCCCUCAAUCUCUUAGAGCUCCUUCGACAAAGUCGAUUUCGAGCUACUACAAUUUUGUUAUUCGCCCUUCAGGUGAGCUUGCUUUGGUGUGGGAAAGCAAUGUGACUUACUGGAAAAGUAGUGCUGCUUUGAGCUCCCCUGGCCAUACUAUCACUAAAGUAGCAAGAUUUCAUUCAGAUGGUAGUUUGGGAGUCUUUGAUGUUUUAACUAACAAAAGCAUUUGGUCUGUCACAAGCAAGGAUUUCAAUGACUCUUCAGUGGGUCUAAGGCAUCUAAGGAUUGAUACUGAUGGUAACUUGCGGAUAUACUCGUGGUAUAAUGAGCUUAAGAUGUGGACGGUAGGGUGGCAAGCAGUCGAAAAUCAAUGCAACGUGUUUGGAUCUUGUGGGUUAUAUAGCUUAUGUGGUUUCAAUUCUAGUGGACCUGUUUGUAGUUGUCUAAAUGAGGGUACCAUUGAUGGGGGUUCUGGUUCUAUUGGGAGUGAUUUAGGUCUUUCUGGGUGCAAAAAGUUGGUAGAUUUAGAUAACUGUAAAACGCGCACGAGCAUGAUGGAUCUGAAGCAAACUGUGCUUUAUGGUCUUUAUCCUCCUCAUGACUUUGAUCUCAUGUUGAAUAUGGAUGAUUGCAAGGCUUAUUGCUCUAAUGAUACUUCUUGCAUCGCUGCGACCUCGAAAAACGAUGGUUCGGGCCUCUGCACUAUUAAAAGAACCGGGUUUAUUAGUGGGUACAGUGAUCCCUCUCUACCUGCAAUCUCAUACUUAAAGAUCUGUUUGGUUCCUCAAGCAGUUUCAGCUCGAAAGACCGUACCUCAAGGCGGAGCGACAGAAACAUCUCUUCCAUCUCGAAGCUUUAUUUUCGAUGGAAAUUCAAGUAAAGUUGUGACAGCUCUCGUCAUGAUCGGGUUGGUGACUGCUUUGGUGACCCUCACAGUAGAGAUUCUUGUUAUUUGGAGUGUGUACCGGAGACGGAAAAGUACUAUGAGAGUGAGGAUUCCUUUUGACAAGGAUGCUCUGAAGGACCCUCAUUACAGUGCUCUGGUACGGUUAUCCUUCGAGGAGAUAAAGGAACUGACCUCGGAUUUUGCAACUCAACUAGGCCCAUCUAUUUUCAAAGGCAUACUACCGAACCAAACUCCCAUCAUCGUUAAGGUUCUGAAUAAUGUUGUAUCGGAGAAGGAUUUUCGUGUAGCAGUUACCAUCUUGGGUGGUACUCAUCACCGGAAUCUUGUUGCUGUGAAGGGUUUUUGUUGUGAACAGAAGUACAAAUUUCUUAUCUAUGAAUUUGUACCAGGCAGGUCUGCGGAUAAGUGGCUAUUUGAUUCGGGGCGUAGAUCGAAUGAGCCACAUUGGCAGGAUAGGAUCGACAUUGCUCUUGGUGUGGCACGAGCUCUUGCCUAUCUCCAUUUGGAGUGUCAAAGUUGUGUUGCUCAUGGAAAUUUAAAGCUCGAGAACGUUAUGCUUGACCAAAACUUGGUUCCAAAGCUGAUGGACUUUGGACUCGAGGGCCUUCUUCAGGGUGAUUCCGCCUCUUCUUCAGAGUCGGCUUCUGAGAGGGAUAUAUACAACUUCGGACAAAUGCUACUUCAGAUUGCAAGGCUCAAAAGGGAUCCUCCGCAAGACGAAGACGUUAACCAUUUGAUCAAUGAAAUACUGGAAGCACAGAGAUUGGAUGGUCACGAGGAGUACGAGAGAGUAUCGAGAGUAGUAAGAAUAGCUCUUUGGUGUGUGCAAAAUCAACCGUUUCUGAGGCCUUCGAUUGGUGAAGUUGUGAAGGUACUAGAAGGUACACUUUCCGUGGAUAGACCUCCCUCUAGUUUUGCCUUCACUUCAGGGCGACAAGUAGAUGUCGAGGAGCAAACCGAAAUUCAAGAACAUCCAUAGUUAUGUAAGAAAUUGAAUGUUGUUUAGGAGUUCUCAAUUUAGAUGGGAUUUCAUUCGGUCAAGGAAGUGUGGUGUCUUCGGAGUUUGACAAGGUUUUUGAUUUAGCAUGAUUGAACUUCAAUUACACCUAUGUAUGAUCUACCAAUACCAUUGAUUUAGCACGAUUGAACAUCCAUUAUUUUUUAUCUAACACCUCCACGAGUCGCUAACAGGUCUAACAUGAUGUGAGCACCAAGCACGGUACAAUACUGUAUGGUAAAAGAUUUUGAGAAUCGAACUUUUGUUGCAAGGGUAAAUGGAAAAAUCUUUGACCACUUGAUUAACCUAUGAUUUUCAACUUUGCUCAUUUUUAAGCAUUUUUGGACAUAAUACUUACAAGUAGUUAACAAAGGCCCAAAUCAUACCAGAAAUGU